UAGACAAUGAGGCAGUCACAUGACCUGCCGACCUGGACGUGGCUCAGUCCAGCGUCAGAAGAGUGGAACUUAGACGCUAUCCCGAACAGCCCAACUUUGGACCGGGAGAGAGGAAGUUCUAUGUUAGAACUGUACGGAGGCGUGGAGGGGGGAGCCACCCACUCCAAGGUCAUGCUGCUGAAUCAGGAUGCCAAGAUACUGUCCGAAGUGGAAGGUCCGAACACCAACCAGUGGCUGACGGGGCUGGAGGUGUGCGCAGAUAGGAUCAAUACCAUGGUGACCGAAGCCAAGAGGAAGGCCGGGGCAGACGUGCACAUGCCGCUGUGCAGCCUGGGCCUGACCCUGAGCGGGGCAGAGGAGUCAGCAGCAGUGUCCAGUUUGGUUCAGGAGUUAAAACUUCGCUAUCCUGCCCUCAGUAACAGCUACUUCGUCUCUACCGAUGCAGCUGGCUCCAUUGCCACGGCCACAGACCAGGGUGGUAUAGUGCUCAUUGCCGGGACAGGGUCCACCUGCAGACUGGUCAACCCCGAUGGCUCCGAGAAAGGAUGUGGUGGCUGGGGACAUCUCUUGGGUGAUGAAGGCUCUGCCUAUUGGAUCUCACAUAAGGCAGUGAAGACAGUCUUUGACACCAUGGACAACAUGGAGGUGUCUAAAUGUGACAUAAGCCAUGUCAAAAAUGCCAUGAUGGAGUACUUCAAGGUAUCUAAUCGGAUGGAAAUGCUCACUCGCUUCUAUAGAGACUUCGACAAAUCCUUAUUUGCUGGAUUUUGCCGUAAAAUUGCAGAAGGUGCUUUUGAGGGUGACCGCCUCUGCCUUGAUAUUUUCAAGAAGGCUGGAGAAAUGCUGGCCAAACAUGUACUGGCUGUGUUGCCCAAAAUAGACCCGGAGCUUCUCUCAGGACCACUGGGCCUCCCCAUCGUGUGUGUGGGCUCUGUGUGGAAGAGCUGGGAGCUGUUAGAAGAAGGCUUCGUCUCUACCAUAUCUGAAGGAAAGAAAAUCAAUGGCUUUUUCUCCCGCUUCACCCUGCUCAAGUUGAAGCACUCCUCUGCCAUGGGAGGAGCCAGCCUGGGGGCUCUGUCUGUCGGGAAGCAUCUUCCCUUAGACUAUCCCAGGAAUGCUGAUCCCUUCUACAGGCACAUCCUCUAGUUAGGGCUGGCCCCCUCACCUCAAGGCCAGUGGAUGUUGGAUGCUGAAAGAGCAGUGCUUUUGUUAAUCAAUAAAUGUAGCUAAACUUUAUUAGUACUUUAUACAUAUCUUACCUCCCAACAAUCCUUGGAGGUAGAUUCAAAAACAGGAUCACCUAAUUUGAGAGUUAGAAAGAUCCUUUGGGACUAUUGAGUCCCACCCUUAAUACAGAGUCCUUACUACAAUGUAGCCCAUAAGUGUUGACCAGCUCCUAUUUGGCCCUCCGUCUUUGGAGGUGGCCUAUCUUUUGGGCAGCCAAUCAUUAAGGUUUUUUCCCCUGAUUUCAAACUUAAAUUGACCUCUCUGCACUAUCUACCCACUACUCAGGUUCUGUCCUCUGGGGCUAAACAAUACCUCUAGUCUGUCCUUUGCAUGAUUACCCUUUAGAUACCAGAAAAUGAGGAUCGACCCCAAGGCUUCUUUUCCCCAGCCAGACAUGCCCAGUUCCUUUAACUAGUCUUUCUAUGAAAUGGAUUCAAGGCCUUUCACCAUCUUGGCUACUCUUCCAUAGAUCCUCUCUUGCCCUUCAACUGUGGUUUCCAGAACUGAACACAGUACUCCAGAUGGUGUCUUAUCAUCAGAGAGAACAGUUGGACUAUCAGCUCCCAAAUAAUGGAAGCUAUGCCCCUUUUGAUGCCACCCAGAAUCUCACCCUGCUCAUUCACAUCAAGCCUGAAGUCCACUAAAACUCCAACAUAUUUUUCUGACCUGCUGUCAAACUAUACUGCCCCAGACUUAAAACUGGAUGAAGUUGA